AUGUGUUCAAGUUGUACUUUCUUUCCAUGCACGAACGGCCUAUUGGUGUCAUGUUUCAAAGGCUUCAUAGACAUUGUCACCAUUCUCAGCAAAUGUCCCUACAUAGAUAUCAAUCAUCAGGAUAAUGAUGGAAACACAGCACUCAUGAUAGCAGCUCAGGCAGGACACAUCACUAUUCUCAACUAUCUUCUGAACUACUAUCCAACACUGGAGCUGGAGGUGCGAGACUUGCGGGGUCUGACUGCACUCAUGAAGGCUGCAGUACAGGGGAGGAACGACUGUGUUGCAGCUUUGCUCAUGGCAGGAGCCAACCUCGCAGCUGUGGACCCAGUGAAAGGAAAGACAGCGCGGGAAUGGGCAGCCCUGACGGGGCGCUUUGAAACAAUCGUCCGGAUCCGAACCCUUCUGCAGCGCCCAUGCGCCGAGCAGUUCUGCAGCAAGUACUUGCCGCAGUGGCCCGCUCUGCCCGAGCUGGUGGCGCAAGCAAUGGCCACAAAAUCCAGAGCCAAGCGGCUGUCGGAGACGAUAUGCUCCACCUUCACCAUAAAUUUCCCGCACGACCCUGAGCCGGAUGGUGUGAUGGACCACAUGGUGCGCAUGACCACUUGCUUGGCCAGUCCGUUCGUGGGCACUGCUUGCCAAACCGUCUGCCCUGACAGCCCGCCGGAAGUGGGGAAGCAGAGACUCUCGGUGCCCGAGAUCCUCAAGGAGUACACGCCGGAUCCUGAUGCCAAAUCCAUGGUUAGUGCGUCAGCCUGCAAUGGCCAGCUCAUGACACCCACCCGGGUUCUGGUGCCCUACCGGCCCCCCAGCACCAUCGUCAAGCUGCUGUCGUUCCCCUUGCGCAUGCGCCAUAACAUCAUCUAUCCCGUCCCGAAAAUUGAACUCACCAAGUCGCCUGCUCAGUCGCCACCCAAGGAGAACGUGCCGCCGCGUUCUCAGGACAAGCACAUGCUAGAGCUGCCAAAGUGGCGCUAUAAGGAGCUGAAAGAAGCAAAGAAGAAGAAAGAGGAGGAGGAAGGGAAACCCAAGAAGAAAGGGAAGGGAAAGGGGAAAGGCAAAGGCAAAGGCAAAAAGUCAUAACAGGUUGAAGGAGGGGAGCUGGACAGAUUGGGAAAAGAAACUGCAGUCAGCUCACAUUCCAAGUGUAAAUUUCCACUCGCAGACAGAUCACUUCCGUCAUAAUUCAUCAGUCUCAAAAGUAAUUUUUAAAAGGGACGUUUUGCUUACCUUAUUCCCUGAAGACUGACCCUAAGGACUAUCAUGUAGUGUUUGAGUACAAUGGAGGUUCCUUGCUUUAAGUCACUCACCCCUAUCCAGAUCCCCCAAAACUUCUCGAUCUCCCAUUGUGGAAAUAAGCUUUUUCAGAGCAUCAGAACUUAAUCCCUGUUCUCCCUGUUUCCCAAAAGAGAAUGUGAUAAUAACCAAGAUUUAUGGCUUACCUGUCAUUAAUCACCACAUAAUUAUCUCUGUCGACGGAGUAUGGACAGUAGACGACUAGUCCGCCAUCUUCCUCUCCCCGGAAGUCUCUACUCCAGUGGUUUUAGAUAACAUUAUUGACCACUCAUCAUUCUUGACCAGCUCUUGCCAGACUAAGGAACUAACAAAUGGGAUGUGUGGAACAGGACUGGGUGCUUCUUGAGGAAGGGAACGCAGAGUAGAGCAGUGGAAGUGGAAAGUGUUUAAUCCCCAUCCUGCUUGCCAUUUCUCAGCUCCAAACUGCCGGAUCCCAUCAACCCCCCUUUCCCAUUCUCCCAUGUUUCAGAUGUGUGUUUGCCCUUAUGUGGGGUGGAAGGUGCUAGCCCCCCCCCCCAUGCAUGCACACAAACACACACUUCUCCACUCUAAAAAAAUUCCUUUCAGUAGCACCUUAGAGACCAACUAAGUUUGUUAUUGGUAUGAGCUUUCGUGUGCAUGCACACUUCUUCAGAUACACUGAAGCAGAAUUCUGAAUUCCCUUCUCUCAAAGCAGCUCUGUUUAAAAAGGCAUCAGGGAACGGCCACAUACAUACACAUCAGCUCUGGAUUUAGGAUGGUGUGGGGAGUUCCCCCACUCAGGGCACCAAGCCAAAGGGGUGCAAAAUAACAACAACAACCUGUAUUUAUACAGGUACCUGCUGAGAUGUUCCAUAAAAAAGCAACUGUACCAAAAAGAAUUUUUGUGAAAGGAGGCAAAAGGAAUUACAGUCAUACCUCGGCUUGAAUGUGCUUCAGGUUGAGCGCUUUUGGGUUGCGCUCCAUGGCAACCCAGAAGUAACAGGGCGCGUUAUUUCCAGGUUUCGCCGCUCACGCAUGCGCAGACGCUCAAAAUGACGUCACGUGCAUGUGCGGAAGCGGCAAAACGCGACACCCGCAGUCGCGCCGUCGUGUCUUACGUUUCAUUCAGGAUGCGAACGGGGCUCCGGAACGGAUCCUGUUCGCAUCCCAAGGUACCACUGUAUUAGAAGGGGGUGGGAAUCAUUGCUCAGGGCACCAUAUUACCAAAGUCCACCCCUUUUCACACUGAUGGUUUGACAUAUAGUUCACCCCUAAGACUUUGAUCUCAUCAAGCCCUUGUUGCUUCCAAGGAAACUCCACACUAAGGUGAAGAUGGAAGUUACAUUGGUAGAUAAGCAGGGCUGGGUUGGAAAUGCCCUUUCCACCUUUAGUGCAAAUUAUAUACUCAUUCUCUUGCACCAGAUCUCAAGCUCUGGGAUGGUGGACAACAGAAGUGGACUGUGGGUAGCACUUGUGAUGUCAUCCAGAUAGCACAAUAGCACCUGUGAUGUCACCUCCCAUAUCUCCAAAGCGGUCUUGUCCUCGUUUGUAACACCUGUCCUGAAAACUGUGCAGCUGAGAGGAAGAUGAGCGCAGUCUAUAUAAGUAUAGAAUCCCCAGCGACUUCUCUUUACUUCCAUCUUCACCCUUAGCAAGGCCCCAAGGUGCUCUUCUCAAAAUAUUCACAGUUCUCAUACAGAUGCAAAGAGACUCAGAUUUUGCCAUAGCCCUGUCAACUAUACCCCUGUCUCACAACCGUUUUGCAUUUUGCUGACUUGGCAAAAAGUUCCUGACAAAUCCCAUCUGUACCGUAAGCCUUACAGUAAAGUUGGGGUUUGUCAAAAUUUCUCCGCAAUGCUUUUUUCCAAGCCUUAUUGUUUUCAGGGAGAGGAAAGGGACACACACACACACACACACACACACAGAGAGAGAGAGAGAGAGAGAGAGAGAGAGAGAGAGAGAGAGCCUGAGAGGGCAGGUUCAUUAUUUAACCCCGGAAAUUUUGGAUCCCCUUCAAACCGGUGUGUGAGAGAGAAAGAGACAGAGAGAAGGAAUGACUGACUGAAGUAUGUUUGUUUUUCAUGUGUGUGUGUGUGUGUGUGUGGCGUGUGCUGUACAUGUGGAUGCAUGGAUGCAUGGGAUGUGUAUACGCAUGUGUUGGGGCACUAUAGAGAGGGUGAGGUGGCCCCACCCACUGCCAGCUUUAGCCACUCCCACUAUGUCCACACCCACUUUUGGUUUGAUCCCACCCACCACUACCAUGUGGCCUCCAAAAGGUUGGCCUUGAGGAAAUUCAGCCCUCUGGCCGAAAAAGCACAAAGGAUCACAAAUUUCAGAAAUCAGCAGCUCAAGGGAACAGCAGCUACACAACCAGCAAGAAAUGUAAUACUGAGAGGAGUUUGCAAAUGUCGAUGAGUUCCUUCUUCCACCCCAGGCAUACAUCUGCAAGUGGACUUCUUCUCCUGCUUGCAGUAUGGUGCUUUUAGGACCAAGUAGGAACCACCUAAAGUUCAUUUCAGAAAAUGGUGCCGCAAAACCCCAUGAUGGUGACGUUUCUUGGAUAAUUUGGACAGGGCAGGCCAUCCUAGCUCUGCUUUUAUGCACACAGGUUGUCCGGGCUGACCUGAGGGGAUCUUCCAAGAGGGAGCCAGGAGGCCUUUAUAGACCUUCUCAGUAAGGACAGGCUGGUGGGCAGCGUCGCUCCAGUAGCUGAGAAUCCUUUAAUGCCCAGAGACGUACUUCACUUGGGACAGCUGCACACAGCGCAACAGGAGCCCAGUCCUAGCCCUUCCUGAUGCCUUGUCCAGAGAGAGCUUAUUUUGCUGCUAGAGUGGCUCUGUGUCCUACUUUACAAAAGUGCUCUAUUCCAAGAAUACAGGAGGCCCUCCAGAUGUUGUGAGCUACAACUCCCAUGGCCUACGAUCAGGCACCAUGUUGGCUGUCCCUGCUCCAUUCAAAGAGCUCUCUGGUGCCAG